AUGAAUACCUAGAAAAAUACUCAAAAUAAUAAUGAUCAUAAUAGAGAAAGUAAUUUUGAAAUGGAGGACUUGAAGGGUAAAGGCAUAAUAAAAGAUUUUUAGUGGUUUCACAUGAGAUUGCAAUCAAAGAGUUCUAUCAUUUUAUUGAAAAAACAUCUUUUAUAUAAGAAAAUUUUGAAAUGUUAUCUAAAGUUGGUGAAAAUUUACGAUUGAAUUUUAAAGAUUGGCCAACAGAUGAAUAGGCAAUUAUGCUAUUUAAACUGAAUAUGUAUUAUUAUGUUGAAUUUUAAGUUAAAAUGAAAGAAGAAAAUCAAUAAAGUGGAGUGAACCUGAAAAAAAAUUAUUUUGUUGGAUAGUAAUCCGAUAUUGUUUAUAUAAAGGGUUAAAGGAUAAUAGAUUAUUAGUAAAUGAUUUAUUAACUUGACAGAAAUAAGAAGAUUGGAGAGAAAUUUCUAAAAUAGUAAUAGGAAGAAAUGCACAUCAGUUGAGACAGAAAUGGGAAUAAAAAUAUCUAGUUCCUUUAUCAUAAAUUCCUUGGACUAAAUAAGAAGAUUAGUUACUAUUUUAAGUUCAUGAGUAAAAAUAUUUAUUGAUGAUUAGAGAUUUUAAAAAGUUGGGUAGAGAGAAUAAAUGGUCUUAGAUAGCAAAUGAAAUGUUUUAAAGAUCAUCUAAUAAAGUAUUUAGGCAACCAAAAUAAUAUAGAGAAAGAUGGAUAAAUAGAUUAGAUCCAAAUAUAUCGAAGUAUCAUAUUAUUUAAUUAGUGAACCUUGGGAUAAAUAAUAAGAAAUCAAUUUAUUAAAAAUGAUUUUGAUUAGAGGUAAGAGAUGGUCAGAAUUAUCAAUUAUUUAUGGUAAAUCAAGAACAGAAAACAGCUUAAAAAAUAGAUAUAAUUCUCUAAUUAAAAAAUAAAUAUCAAAAUAAGAGAUUGAUUCUAUAAAUCCAAUUUUAUUUGAAAAAGUUUAAAUUUUAAGACAAAAUUAUUCAAAAUAGUUGGGUCUAAUUACUCCAAUUGAAGAAAUCGACAAUUAUGAAUGCCAAUUUAUUCUUUUAGCUAUUAAAAGUUUAUAUGUGGAACUAUAUCUACAAUAAGGAAAUAUUGCUGAAGCAGAAAAGAUUAAUAAUGAUGAAUCUUUCGAUUAUUUUUAGGAAUAAUUUAUACAAGAAAAAGAAAGAUAAAUUCAAAAUUUUUAUUAUAAGAAGAAAUUGAAUCUUCAAAAGGUGGAUUCUAAAUUUUAAAUAGAAAAUGACAAAAGUAGCAUAGUAAUUUUUAAUUAGAGAAAGAAUAAAAUCUAUUUGACACCAUACAAUAUAUAAGAUUUUUAAGAGAUUAUACUUAAUAAAAUUAUAAAGAAGGUUAAUAUAGAUUUUAGUGAUAACUAGUAUGAUUAAGAAAAGACUUCUUUAUCUAAUUAAUCUGGAUUGUUUUUAGCUAAUUAAUAAAAUUUAUUAAUUCCUUCUUAAUAGUUAAAUAAUUAUUGGUUUAUUCCAAAUUAUUAUGGAUCCUCAUUAUCAGCAUAAACAAGCAAUUCAAUUUAAUUUCACACCUUAAAAUAAAGUCAGUAAUACUAAAAGAGUAUUGAUUAAAAAAAUUAAUCAGAUAUCAUAGCUUAAAUAGGAGUAGAUAUAAAAACUGUAGAUUCAUGUGAUGAAAUAUGA